GUUAGACCAUCUUUUAAGUUUGUCCAUUCUGGGCCACUGUAGAAACAUGCUUUGCAACAUGGUGGCCACAGCUGAUCCUUUAAAAUGCUGCUUGCUCCUACUCCAGUCUUGAGACAUCAGCAGUGAAUUAAGAAGCCACUCAAACGCAGCUGUCUCGUCACAAAGGAGGGAUAUUACAAGUUGAUUUCACAUAAUACAGAAAUGCAAGCAGUCAGGUCUCUGUUUUAUCCCAAGUGGUCCUCAGAUGUGCGUCUAGAUGGGAAGACAGCGAUUGUAACGGGGGCCAACGUUGGAAUAGGCAAAGAGACAGCUAAAGACCUGGCCGGCCGGGGUGCUCGGGUGAUUUUGGCGUGCAGAGACAUGGCGAAGGGAGAGCAAGCUGCUCGGGACAUCAUGAGGGAGGUGAAGGGAGCCAAGGUAGUCGCCAGGCUACUGGAUCUGUCCGACACCAAAUCGAUCUGCCAGUUUGCUGAGAAUGUCUACCAGACUGAGAAGGCUCUGCACUACCUGAUCAACAACGCAGGUGUGGCUAUGUGCCCUUACAGCGUUACAGUGGAUGGAUAUGAGAUGCAGUUUGGAGUCAAUCACUUGGGUCAUUUCUUCCUGACUUUCCUGUUACUGGACCUGCUGAAGCACUCGGCUCCAUCCCGGGUCAUUAACUUGUCAUCGGCCGCUCACGCUGUGGGCAAGAUCAAUUUUGACGACCUGAGAGGCGAGAAGGACUAUCACCCUGUCAGGGCCUACGCACAGAGCAAGCUGGCCAACAUCCUGUUUACCAGAGAGCUGGCCAAAAGGACUGAGGCUCUGGGUGUGAUGGCCUACUCUGUGGACCCUGGCGUGGUGAACACUGACAUAACAAGGCAUCUAAUGCGCCCUCUUGUGGGCAUAAUCGAGACCUUCAGGUUUCUGGUCAAGACCCCAGCAGAGGGAGCCUACACCAGCAUCUACUGCGCCGUCGCCCCUGAGGACGAGCUGCUCACCGGAGGAUACUACAAGGACUGUGCCAUUGCAGAGAGCUCCUGGGCAGGUCGGGACGAUGGCACCGCCUUGAAGCUGUGGGCUGUGAGCUGCCAGCUGCUGGGCAUCCGCUGGAGAUAAACAUACAGACUCAGUCAGGCUUUCCUACAUGACAUAAAG